AUGGCCGGUGGAAAGGGCAAGUCCUCGGGCGGCAAGAGCUCUGGUGGGAAGACGUCGGCCACCGAAGGGCCCAAGAAGCAACAGAGCCACUCUGCCCGUGCUGGUCUCCAGUUCCCUUGCGGUCGUGUCAAGCGUUUCCUCAAGGCAAACACCCAGAACAAGAUGCGUGUUGGCGCCAAGGCUGCCGUCUAUGUUACUGCCGUCCUCGAGUACCUGACGGCUGAAGUCCUCGAGCUCGCAGGCAACGCGGCCAAGGAUCUCAAGGUGAAGCGUAUCACGCCCCGCCACUUGCAGCUUGCCAUCCGUGGUGACGAAGAGCUCGACACCCUGAUCCGCGCCACCAUCGCCUUCGGUGGUGUCCUGCCACACAUCAACCGUGCGCUCCUGCUCAAGGUUGAGCAGAAGAAGAAGCUCAAGGCUCAGGAGGCCUAA